AUGGCACAGGAAGCCCCCACCCCCCGCCCCGGCUCCUCAACACAAACUUUCCGUCCCGCUCGCUCCCUCCUCCGCGCCCGGCGCCUCCCGCUCCAGCCCGGCUCAUUCCGCACAUUCCGGCCAGCCCCCUCCCCAAGACCCCCCUUCCCCUGCCCCCCUCUCAGCUCCUUCGGGCCCGGCGGAGCGGCCCGGCCGGAGCGCCCCCCCGAGCUCGGACCAGGCUCCGGCGGCCCAGUGGGCUCAGGCCCAGAGCCCAGAGCAACCAGCACAAUAGCGUCCAACAGCUGGAAUGCCAGCAGCAGCCCCGGGGAGGCCCGGGAGGAUGGGCCUGAGGGCCUGGACAAGGGGCUGGACAACGACGCAGAGGGCGUGUGGAGCCCCGACAUCGAGCAGAGCUUCCAGGAGGCCCUGGCCAUCUACCCACCCUGCGGCCGCCGCAAGAUCAUCCUGUCAGACGAGGGCAAGAUGUACGGUCGAAAUGAGCUGAUUGCACGCUACAUUAAACUGAGGACCGGGAAGACUCGGACGAGAAAACAGGUGUCCAGCCACAUACAGGUUCUAGCUCGGAAGAAGGUGCGGGAGUACCAGGUUGGCAUCAAGGCCAUGAACCUGGACCAGGUCUCCAAGGACAAAGCCCUCCAGAGCAUGGCCUCCAUGUCAUCCGCCCAGAUUGUCUCCGCCAGCGUCCUACAGAACAAAUUCAGCCCGCCCUCCCCUCUGCCCCAAGCCGUCUUCUCCACUUCCUCACGGUUCUGGAGCAACCCCCCUCUCCUGGGACAGCAGCCUGGACCCUCUCAGGACAUCAAGCCCUUUGCACAGCCAGCUUACCCCAUCCAGCCGCCCCUGCCGCCAACGCUCAGCAGUUACGAGCCCCUGACCCCGCUCCCCCCAGCUGCUGCCUCCGUGCCCGUGUGGCAGGACCGCACCAUCGCCUCCUCCCGGCUGCGGCUCCUCGAAUAUUCCGCCUUCAUGGAGGUGCAGCGAGACCCCGACACGUACAGCAAACACCUCUUCGUGCACAUCGGCCAGACGAACCCCGCCUUCUCCGACCCGCCGCUGGAGGCUGUAGACGUGCGACAGAUCUAUGACAAGUUCCCCGAGAAGAAGGGUGGACUGAAGGAGCUCUAUGAGAAAGGGCCCCCUAACGCCUUCUUCCUCGUCAAGUUCUGGGCGGACCUUAACAGCACCAUCCAGGAGGGCCCCGGAGCCUUCUAUGGGGUCAGCUCUCAGUACAGCUCGGCCGACAGCAUGACCAUCAGCGUCUCCACCAAGGUGUGCUCCUUUGGCAAGCAGGUGGUGGAGAAGGUAGAGACGGAAUACGCCAGGCUGGAGAACGGCCGCUUCGUGUACCGCAUCCACCGCUCCCCCAUGUGCGAGUACAUGAUCAACUUCAUCCACAAGCUGAAGCACCUGCCAGAGAAGUACAUGAUGAACAGCGUGCUGGAGAAUUUCACCAUCCUGCAGGUAGUCACCAGCCGGGACUCCCAGGAGACCCUGCUCGUCAUUGCUUUCGUCUUUGAAGUCUCCACCAGCGAGCACGGGGCCCAGCACCAUGUCUACAAGCUCGUCAAAGACUAGGCCACUCUUGGCCCCCAGUAUCAGGAUCCAGGACAAGCAUCUUUUCCACACACCUGCCUGGCCCCCCACCCCCACCCCACUCCCACC